AUGGCUGGCGACGUCAGGACGGCCGCAGUCUCGUCCAUCGGCUCGAGCAUCUUCGCCGUCCUCUCCAUUCUCGUCAUUGCCACGAUCGCGCUCCUGGUAAUCCGCUAUUACCUCCCUCUACGAUCGACGCCAUCGUACCUACUGGUUCCGGUGUUCCUGGCUCUCGCCUUGCCCUCGAGCAUCAUUCUCUUGGUGCCUAUCGACCUCGCUUCGGCAGACGGCAAUGAUACGAAACAUUCAAGAGGCGUGUGGCUGCCGGAAAGAGUCAUUCUGGUCGCAUGGAGAAUAACGUACUGGCUUACGUUUAUGCUCACUUGGUUUAUUCUGCCUUUGUUGGGGGAGUACUGCGAUUCAGGAUACAGGGAUGCGAGGAGCCGAAUCGUUUAUUCGUUGCGAUCGAAUCUACGCUAUCAGCUGAUUGCGCUCGCAACUGGUACUGCAGGACUGGUAUACUUCAUACUCGAAAAUGGAUUCCAUGUCGCGAGCAUCAAAGGUCUCGUAAUGGCAUUGGCGUACGCGUGGGGAUUGACGCUGGCUAUUGGACUCAUGGGACACGGUCUGGUAGCUCUUCCCAGGACGAUAUUCCGAAACGCCAGCGUGAGUGGGAGACUUCGCAGGCUGCAGGCCCAGGCGCCAAAAUUGAAAGACAGAUUGGAUGAAGCGACGGACAAAUUGGAAGAGCUUGAGCAUACAGUGCAUCAAUUGAAAAGACACAAAGGAGGUGCAUCUAGAGAACAGCAAGAGUGGAUCGACGAGCUCGCCGAUUCUUCGACGAUUCUGGACCAGCGCCCUGGUACAGCAGCCGCGAUACAGGCAACGAACCCCAGCAUUCCAGCAGUGGUGACCGAUCGAUAUCUUGCGGAUCUUACUCGGAAACUCAAACGCGCACGGCACAGGAAAGCGAGGUUUGUAAACGAAUGGGCAAAUCUAUGCCAACAGGCACAGGAUACACAGACUAUUCUUGACUCGGCUUCCUCGAAGAAACUGGACUGGGGUCGCAGGAAUCCACAGGAGACCUCGAUAUUUGGACGAAUGUCGUUUUUGACCCCGACGAUGAGAUAUCACUUGCACAUGAAUGUGCUACCUUAUGUGCGGAUGGCUUUCUCAGGAUUUCUUGGGCUUGCUUCCGUCCUGAUCGUGUGGAGCGAAAUCGUCAAAUCGUUUGCCCCUCAGCUUUCUGUCAUUGGGCUCACGGUUGUGCAUCACCCGGACUCCAAGAGCGGUGGCAAGGUCAACUUCGCAGGGCAGCUGAUAGCGGCAGCAUGGCUCCUGUACAUGGAUUCUAGCGCCCUCUACGCAAUCUCAGACGUCAAAGUCUGGGGCAACAGAGCGCUCGUCAAACGACAAACAUACGCCGAAAGCGCGUGCUGGUACAGCUUGCAAGUCGCCAAGCUCACGGUGCCCCUAUCUUACAACUUCAUCACACUUAUGCCACCGACAGUCUACGAAAAGACCAGCUUCCACUUCUUCCUCGGAAAGCUGAUCGACCUCACUCCGCUAGGCCACGGCUUCAGCGCCUUCUUCCCCUGUCUGUUGCUCAUCCCAGCCUUAGCCACGCUCUUCAACCUCUACGGCAAGAUGAAGAACGUCUUCGGCUUCGGCGUCCUACAAGACGACAGCGAAGAGAACCCCUCAGGCUUCGGGACCGGCGGCUGGCGAGAAGGCCGCUCCCUCAUCGAACGCGAAAUCCAAUCCGGUAGCGCCGAGGGCACACUCGGCCUCGCCAGCAGAGGAGCCUCCCUCGACCUCGAACGCGACGCCGCAGCGACCACGAACCCAGCACCGCGGCGAACAGAAAGGAACGAACCCCGUCAACCUUUCCGAGACGAGAACAUCCGCGAAGCAAACCGCCAAUUCAACUCCAUCACCAACCAGGAAGAGGUGCAAGAAGAUGACAGCCCUCGACACUUUUACCAAGACUUCACAGAACGGGUGCGGAAUACCUUCGACACGGCCGAGCAGCCCGAAUGGAUGAAGAACAUAGGCAGUGCGUUCAAAGCGCCCAAGUGGAUGCAGCGGGAUCAACGAGAUGAUUCAGGCGGCUCAGGGCUGGCGCGGUGGUUCGGCGGUCGUCCGGAGGAUGGACGUGUACGGUUAUAA